CAUGCGUAAUUGAGAUAAAGGCUCUUAAAAAAAAUGGGUUCAAAGACCCAGGCUCUGCGCAUGCGUCUAACUGUUUGCUGAAGCCUAUCCUCUGGGCCCAGGACCUCGCCGUGCACAUGCGCAGAAGGCUCAAUGACAGUGGCGCGUCGGCUAAGGCUCUGGGAAAGGGGGCUGGCCAUGUUGCAUGUGACCUGGGGGUCCAAGGUCCGAGUGUGGUCCCUGGUGCCUGCUCUUCUUGGGACUCCCCGGGCUCUGUCGUCCCUGGCGAACAAGAUGGGGGAGUACCGAAAGAUGUGGAACCCCACGGAGCCCCGCGACUGGGCCCAGCAGUACCGCGAGCGCUUCAUUCCAUUCUCCAAGGAGCAGCUGCUCCGCCUCCUGAUACAGGAGUUCCACUCUAGCCCAGCAGAGAGAGCGGCUUUGGAGGCGUUCUCAACUCACGUGGACUUCUGUACCCUGUUUCACUACCAUCAACUCCUGGCCAGGCUGCAGGCCUUGUAUGACCCCAUCAACCCUGACAGGGAGACCCUGGACCAGCCAUCCCUUUCUGAUCCCCAGCGUCUGUCCAGUGAGAAGGAUGUGCUCCAGGCUCUGAAGCCCCUGCUGGCCCAGGCCAACUUCUCUGCACUCUCCGAAGAUGCCCUGGCCUACGCACUUGUUGUCCAUCACCCUCAGGAUGAGGUCCAGGUGACAAUAAAUUUGGAUCAGUAUAUCUACAUGCAGUUCUGGGCCCUGGGCCAGAGAGUUGGGCAGAUGCCCCACAUGUCCAGUGUGGGCUCCAAACGUGGCUUCUUCAGAAAGUUGCCCCCUGUGGAGAGGAGAUAUUUCAAGCGUGUGGUGCUGGCAGCGCGUACUAAACGAGGGCACCUGGUUCUGAAGAGCUUCAAGGAUACCCCGCUGGAGGGCUUAGAGCAGCUGCUGCCGGAACUGAAGGUGCGCACGCCCAUGUUGCAGCGCGCCAUGCUCAACCUGAUGCUGGUGGUCUCGGGAGUUGUGUUCUUCGUCAAUGUGGGCAUGGUGAUACUGUCUGACCUCAAGAUGGCCACCUCCCUGCUGCUACUGCUCUUCGCUGCCUUCAUGGGCCUGAGGGCCUCCAAGCACCCUUCACCCCGGACAGGGCUCCUACCCCCUGUGCGUCAGUUUAAGAGCAGAGCAAAGGUGUUUGGGCAGCGUAGAAGUGCUCAGGCGCUGGAGCUGGCGCACAUGCUGUACUACCGCAGCACAUCCAACAACUCGGAAUUGCUCAGUGCCCUGGCGCUGCGCGCACAGGAGGAGCACAUCAAGGAGGCCCUGCUGGCUCACAGCUUUCUAGCCCGCUGCCCAGGGGGCACCCAAGGCCUCCCUGAAGAGACCUCCAAGUGGCUACAGUCUGAAGUGGAGAGCUGGCUUCUAGCCCAGUCCGGCUGUGAUGUGGCCUUCAAUGGAUCUCGGGCCCUAGCCCACCUACAAGCCCUGACUCCCAGCUUGGGCUUGUUCCCACCACCUGAGUUGCCACAACUUGACCCACUGGUCCUAGACACUCCAGAGGCCCCGCAGGCUGCUGCGCCCCGUGGUAGCUACCCCUCAUCCUGACCACUUAACCACGUCCGGUACUGGCAGGGUGCCAAGCUCCGCCUCCUCCAUAGCAAGGUGUCAAUCGCGGCGACUGUAUCUUCUGCCUGGACUCUUGGUUGUCGACAAGGCCAUUAUUUCUCCUAGGCCAUUAGUUUUGCUAUGCUAUGCACUUAAAGAGUAGUCAGUCAGGGCUGCUGGCAGUUGCUAAGCAGCCUCCUGAGGCCAACCAAUCAAAGUCGUGUGUCUCAGCUUGUAUUUUAUUUCUCGGCCCCGCCCCUGACGGGAACCUCACCCAGGCCGGGUGGAGGGGGCGGAGUUUGGGGAGCUUUGACACAGCUGCUGGAUUGCAGCUGCUGGAGUUGGCCACUGUGAGCCCGGCCGGGCUGUGAAAGCUGUGUCUGGAUGCCCUGCUUCAUCUUCCGUUUAGCCUGCACAGGAACUGGCUGCCACACGCACCUGGGCGGGGCCCACUGCAGCCGGCAAGCCGUUUGGUCCUGGCACAUCGAGGGUGCGUACACUGGGCACCUCAACCACGAGCAGCCAAUCAGAAUUCCUGGAGGAAUUCUGCGAAUCCAUGUGAGAUGAGCCAUCUGUUCUGCAGCUGAUCCGUCCUGGUUGAAGGCAAUGGGAACUGCCUGGCCCAAAGAAGACGGUGGGCCUGCAGCAUUCCGCCCCAAGAUCACUCCAGCUCAGGCCAACCAGCCCUUGCUGCAGAAGCCGCUUUGGUGGAUGUAGAUGAUACCGCUGACCAGGGCGAGGGGGAAAGCCACCCAGGCCAGGGCGAAGCAGUAGCCGAAGCUGCCCCCACGCGGGUACUUUUCCAGGAUCUCCUCAGGAUGGAUGGCAUAGAUCAGUGCCCCAGAGAACACGGCUG